AUGACAGAAUUAUCCGUGAACGUUGUAUGUCAAGAUAGAUAUAGUCAAAACGAAGACCUGCAAUAUAUCUCAUCGUGCUAUGUGGGAGAUGCGGAGAAGUUUCUACGCGAUAAAAGAAAACUCUACGUCCAGCCACUAUUCGACUUUGACUUUGAGCAGCCAAUAUAUGUUCGAGAAGCAUUUAUAGAUAUAAUUGCCCGAAAGAAGGGUCGGCCUUGUAAUGAGACAUGUGUACUCACACCGCUGGCAAUCCGGAACCAUCCUCUACUCAGUCCUUCGUUGGUUGAUGUUCGCGUAUGUCUAUUUCUGAAUAAUACAUUGAACCAAGAGCUUCUGAAUCCUAAUCUGCGAUGUGUGGAUUCAUCUCGUAGUGGAUUUGAUGUGCUAAAGGCUCGUUCUGCUGGCGAGAAAUUUAUGUUUCAUGACCGUGUACCAUGGAUAGAUCGCCAUUCGCUCGAGAACUACACAAAACAUGAUUUUGACAAAGAAAUGCGAGACCUGAAAAAGAAGCCCUGGAUUCCGGUCAAGCGCAUAAAAGAAGAGCUCACAAAUUGCCUGCACAUGAAAUAUGGGAGCAUCAGUGAAAACGAUUUUAUGUACGACAAAGGGAUCUAUGGUUGGAUGAAUGUCAUGAAAUUUUCCUGCGCAUUAGUUGGAGAACAUUUCUAUGCUUUUGGGAUGGCAUUUUCAAAGACGAGGUUUCGUCUGAAACAAAUUCUAUUGAAGCGGCAACAGAGGAAGCAUAUCUCUACGCUAUAUCCCAAAAAAUUUGAUCAUACUCCAUUGGUGAAAAGCAAAGUGCACCAGUUUAAUUCAAUUGCGUUAAAUGUUAAAACGAGGGUUAUGCUGUUGAAACCAACGGAGAUUUCAAAUACAGUGGAAAACUUUUCGAAAGAUCUAUCUGAUGAAGCGUGUGAAAUAUUAGAUGAUUGUCGAAAGGAGUUUUGUAUGAAGAACGAUACGAUUGAAUACGAGUAUGUAAAGAAAAACUCACAGCAUACCUUUUUCAAAGAACGAGCGGGAAUUGCAAGAUUAGGGCCACAGGAGUCGCUGAUGAUGUACACGAUUGCGAAGCCAACCUUCAAAUUUGAGAUUGUCAAGCGUUCGACGAGCAAAGGAUUGAUCGACUUGGAACAAAAAUAUGAUCAUUCGGCCCGGGAACUCUUCAAAGAAAUGAUGGAGCAACAAUUUUCACAUGAAUUUCAUAUGCACCACGGCGUAUUGCUAGAU